CCACAUACAUAGGAAGCGUCACAAUCUCAACGACAGCCACACAGUUCAGCAACGGAACAUGAGAGAGACACGUGGUACACCCACGAUGGCGCUUUCCGUUGCAACAAGUCCUUGAAUCGAAGAAGCAUGAGUUUAUGAAAACAACUUACCUGGUUGUUCCGUUCCUCACAACGAUUGAGUUGUCCCUCCCUUACGCCGAGGAACACACACACAAAAAAAAAAAAAACUUAUCGCAUUGUGAGCAUGAUGGAGGAGAUGGAAGUUUCUCGGCGGGUGGAGUGGUGGCAGAACAUGAUGUACCCAGUACGAAGGGUUUGGUUUGUCGUCGCCACGCGCCUCGGCAUUCGCAAAAAUGGGUUACUGAAGCUAAGGCAUGAUGUGAGGGCAUGUGAAUAUGAGGACAUUCGAGUGAUGUGGGAGAUACUGAACAGAAACGAAUCAGAGUUUGGUCAUUCUUCUAGCUCUAGGAAAGGCAACAACAACAAUAACAACAAGAAGGGGCAUUGCUGGAAGUUGUUGAGGUGGGCAAGGUGUGCUCCAUAUAUGUGCCGCGCCUGAUCAUAAUUGCUGUGUACGUGAGUGAGUCUUUUCUCUUCACAGAACAAAAAUCCAACCUGUGCGUUGAUUUGGUUUUUGCUUCAAUCAUGAAUAAAGAGUUCUGAGUCAGAGGGGUUCGUGUAGAACACGGUUCUCUUUUCCUUUGAAUCAACCAACUCAACCAUAUGUAAAUAUCAACCGCAUGCAUCCACCAAGUCGAUGUGACCAUCUCUUACUCCAUCCAUGUGCUUAAUUAGUGUGGUAUCAAAAUUGUUAUAUGUGUAGUUUGUGCUGUGUUUUAUCAUCAUCUUGGUAUGUUCAACCAGAGGUUCAUGUAUUGCUUUUAGAGAUCCAUGAAUCAUGUCUAUCUCUGGCUUUCUGCUUGGUUUUUGUAUCGGAAACUAUCUGCAUUCAGAAGAAGAAGGCAUAUAAAUAUGUGUAGUUAUUAUAAAUAUUCGGAAUCUCAUGUGCAUCAAAUACUUCAAUAUGCAUAUUAUAUGUUCUUUUUUAAUUA